AUGUCAUUCUGGACUUUUCAGCUUCCUCGUACGCCUCUCACGAGGUGGACGCCGGCUGACACGCAGCGCGCUUGCUUGUCCGCCAGGCUCUACGUGAAGAAGUGCCUGGGCUGCUCGGAGCGCAUCGCGCCCGAGGAGCUGGUGAUGCGCGCCCUGGACAGCGUCUUCCACGUGCGCUGCUUCGUGUGCGUGGUGUGCGGCGCGCGCCUGCAGAAGGGCGACCAGUUCGUCAUCAAGCAGGGCCAGCUCUUCUGCCGGCCCGACUACGAGAAGGAGGUCGAGAUGCUGCAGGGGUACGCCCAGGGAGAGUUCCCGUGCGACGAGCUGGCGCCGCCGCGCGCGCAGGACGGCCGCCGCGGGCCCAAGAGGCCGCGCACCAUCCUCACCACGCAGCAGCGGAGGGCCUUCAAGGCGAGCUUCGAGGUCAGCCCGAAGCCGUGCCGCAAGGUGCGCGAGGCGCUCGCCAAGGAGACGGGGCUCAGCGUGCGCAUCGUGCAGGUGUGGUUCCAAAACCAAAGGGCGAAGAUGAAGAAGAUCCAGAAGAAAGCGCGCCAGGAGGGGAAGCCCGGCUCCGGGAAGGAGGACGACCUGCUGGACGACAAGAGCAAGGCGCGCAUCAAGGAGGAAGGGCACAGUCCGUCGGGGGCUGGCUCGUUCCUGAAUGCUGACAGCUGCGGCAGCGACACGGAGGCGGGCGGCCCGCACGACCACCACUUCCUGCCCAUCAAGCAGGAGGUGCUCGACGACGACUUCUACAAGCACCACCCACACCACCACCAACCGCCGCCGACGCACGGCUUCCCGCAGGGAGUGACGGGCGCUGGUGGCCACGAGAAACUGGACCUGUCCGGCCCCGGGGGCGGCGACGGCGGAGGCGGAGUGGCCAGUAGUAACGGGGCCGGGGGCGGCGGGGGCGGCGGGGGCGGCAGCUACCUGUCGCUGGGCUUCGCGGGCUACGGGGCACCGCACCCGCAGAGCCACCAGCCGCACCUCCACCCCCAGGGGCAGCCGCUCUUCCUGCCGCCGCAGGGCCUCAACCCCAUCGACAGGCUCUACUCGAUGCACACGUCCUACUUCUGCGGAGAGGAGGCCGCCAUGGCCGAGCAGUAGCCGCCGCCAGCCGCUCAGCGGAGCCGAGCCCUCCCCGGGGCUGACGUGUCGAGGCCUGCAAAUCGCGGGACAAGCUGUUCAGUGGUAGUCUGAAGGACAGUCGAGCGAGACACACACAACAGCACGUAGCACGGUGUCAAACACGAGCCUAACAAAUAAGUGACCGUGCUGUUCGGCAAAGUCCUUGAACUGUUCGCCGGUAUUGACGAUUGUUGACCAACUACAGUUGUUACACACGUUUCUACUACACACUCUUGAAACUACAGUGGUGCUGAACCGUUCAUCUCCGACACCCAUCUACAGCGAGAUUGUUCCAUUACUUUCUUGGUAGGCAGGCUCUAAUUUCGCUACCUCAUGCAGAUAAUCUAAGCAAGUAGAUGGAGUUCACAGAGUAACAGUCAUGCGUCACUCUUCAUACUUCUUCAUUCUCAGCUUCGUAGAACGGUUUGAGAAGCUGUUCGACUGUCAUCUUCCGAACCUACGUUCAGCAACCAACAAGUAACAUACAAGUUUACAGUCGUAUCAGCUCUUGCUCGACGGUUACUCUUUGUUAAAACAUACAGCAUAAACAGGCAUUUCAGAGCUUGCUAACAGUUACAGUUCUUUUUUAUCCAGCUUCAGUUAUAUGACUUCUGCAGCAUAUUUUAAGGAGUGGCCUCACAGUUAACAACAUUGUUCUUUUUAAUUUUAAGGACCACAUUGGCACGUAAAUUGUUUGUCAGAAUUUCUAUAAUUCGUAUUGUGUAGUACCUCCCUACCUUCUUCUUCUUUACUACAGCACGUAACUCGUAUAUCUCUCACAUGGAGAACGAUAAAAAUUUGUCAUAGACCGUACACAAUUCUGAGUCGGCUCGCGUCAUACUUUAUCAACAGAGGGUCACUAAAUUUUCCAUCGCAGAAAAGGCCCUUGAACCUGUUUCAUUGGUGUGCAUCCCCGCUAGGAGCUAUACCCAACUACAGCCAAGAUACAAGACACAUUCAGUAAAAAUAUGGUUUUCUAUCGAACCUUGGGUGACGUUUCUGUUUAUGGCUUCUUAGUUCACUCGUAGCUUUAAAAUAUACUUACGAAUGUCGAUCUUUUACUUCUGUAUGCAAUGUUUUUUUUCUUCUAGAUAAUGUACCACUAUAGGUAAUUCUAUAAUCUCCAUGACAAACAGUUGCGGUUUUUUUUUCGUUUAGACAGUCACAUUUCAUUCGACAAUAAUUUCAACAUAUGGUUUGUGGCACGUCUGUUGCGUACAAUAAUUUCGUGAAUGUUCUGAAGUGAAUAUUAACACUUAGGACACAGAUCAACCCAUAUUUGAGAACAUUCCAGUUAUCUGUCUCAUGCCAACCACACUAUGGUUGUAUUCAUACAACCUGUUUGACAGAAAUUGUCGACGUGUAGUCCAAAACGACCUCAUUCGCAGAAUUGAUUUCGGUAGACGACGUCCAUUAACAUGAACAUUGCACCUGUCUUCCCGGGGUUACUUGCAGUAAAAGGUCUGAAUUGUACAGAAUAUUUCUGUUCCAUCAGUUCUGCAUUGUUUGAUAAUGAUAAACAUAUCACGGGAAAAUACGCUUGUGUAGUUGCUUGAUUGAUAGGGUUUUUCUCAUCAUUACGACGUUCGAGGCCACUGCUGCGUUCAAACGCCAUUCCUCCAAGUAAAUUUAUUCUAAUUUGUUACGCUACUUCCAUUCAGAUCCAGUUCAUAGCACCUAUCGUCAGUACUCAGAAUCAUUCAAACUACUGUCAACAUCACCUGUAACAACAAAAUUUCUCUAUUGGAUACUUCUCAGACUUUAGGUCUAUUGACUUCCAGCUCAUUGCUUCUCUCAUUGUUGUGAACAAAUCAUGUAAACAGCCACCCUGGCCCAAUUUCGACAUAUCUGCGUGUGACAUUUUUGGGUGCUGUCAUUCAUAACACUGAUACUCGACAAUCAGUGGGUGACUGAUCGCUGAUCCACUUGUAUCGUCUUUGGAGUUUGGUAUAUAGCUCAGACUUUGUAUCUGCUAUAUAAUCUAAUUACGUGGUACUAAAGAACACAAUGCCUUUUUCGAAACAGUGACAACUGUGACGUUAUCACAAAAUGCUGGUGCAUGUGCUGAAGAACGACUUCAGAAGACACAAGCAACGUUUAUGAAUAAAAAUUUACAGUUUAAUUCUGCUAGUAAGCUGUAAGCGCCUCGUUUGAGGAUUUUGUCAGUUUAAACUACGUUAUGCUCUGUACUGUAAGCCAAACAUGCAAUAAGAUGGAGUAAUGAG